AUGAUAGAUGUAAUUAAUAUAUUUAGUAAAGGUGGAGUUUUGUUAUGGUCGUAUAAUUUUUAUGAUAUUGGAGAUACAACGAUGAGAAUGAUUGUUAAAAAUAUUUUAAUAGAAGAGAAAUAUGAUGAAUUUUGUAAAAAAUUUAAUAAUUUUCAUGUAAAGUGGAAAUUAAUAAAUGAUUUAGAUAUAGUUAUACUUAUUGUAUAUCAAGGAAUUCAAAAUACAUCUUACUUAGAUAAUUUAUUUUUAAAAAUAAAAAAAUCUUUUAUAAAAUUAUUUCCUAAUAAUAUAGAUGUAUUUGAAAUUGAUAUUCCAAUAAAUUUUGAUAAGCAAUUUUUAAAGAUUUUAGAUGAAAAUGAGAAUAUUUUUGAAAAGAAAAGUAAUAAUGACAACAAGAAAAAAGAAAAAAAUAAUAAAUUUAAAAAUGAAGAAGAAAAAUUGAAUGAUAAUGAUGAAAACCUUUCGAAUAAUAAAAAAAAAGGUAAAAUAAAAAAAACUGCAAGAGAAUGGGAAAUGAGCCAAAAAGUUACUAAAAAAGAUUUGGAAAAAUUAGAUUAUUCAAAAAAUCAAAAUAAAAAUAAUUAUAACGAAAUAGAAAAAUAUGAAGGGGAAAUAGAUGAUUCAAGUGAUGACAAUAAUGAUAACAGUAAUACUUUUUUAACGAAGUUAAAUGAUACAUUUUUAAAAUUUUUUUCUUAUAACAAUAAAAUUGAAGAAGAGGAUAUUGAAAAUAUCCUACAAGAAAUAAAAAAUAAGUUACUUUCAAAAAAUGUUGCAGUAGAUAUAUGUGAUACAUUAAUGGAUAGAAUGAAAGAAAACUUAAUAGGAAAAAGAAAGACUAUUUUUGCGAGGAAUAUUAAAAAUGUUGUUUCUAAUGUUUUAACUGAAACAUUACAAACUAUAUUAAUACCAAAAGAUUCAGUAGAUGUGUUACGUUCAGCUUUGGAGGCCAAAUCUUUGGGAAAAUUAUAUUCAAUAGUGUUUUUAGGUGUAAACGGUGUUGGUAAAUCAACUAAUUUAGCAAAAGUAUGUUAUUAUUUAAAAAAUAAAGGAAAUCUAAAAAUUAUGAUAGCUGCAUGUGAUACUUUCAGAGCUGGAGCAGUUGAACAAUUAAGAACUCAUGCAAAUUGCUUGGAUGUAUUUUUAUAUGAAAAGGGAUAUGGAAAAGAUGCUUCUAAUAUUGCAAAAGAUGCUAUUUUAUAUGCAAAAAAAGAAAACUAUGAUGUUAUUCUAAUUGAUACAGCAGGAAGAAUGCAAGAUAAUGAACCAUUGAUGAGGUCUUUAGGAAAAUUAAUUUUAAAUAAUAAUCCAGAUUUAAUUUUAUUUGUAGGAGAAGCUUUGGUAGGAAAUGAUGCAAUAGAUCAAUUAAAAAAAUUUAAUCAAGCCUUAGCUGAGGCAACAUGUAAUUCAAAUAAAAGAACAAUUGAUGGAAUACUUUUAACAAAAUUUGACACUGUUGAUGAUAAAGUUGGAACUGCUUUAUCUAUGGUUUAUUUAACAGGAAAACCAAUUGUUUUUGUUGGAGUAGGACAAAAGUACACACAUCUCAAAAAAUUUAAUGUAAAUAUGGUCGUUAAGGCACUAAGUUAA